GGAGGCCCACAGCACGACAGCAGCCAUGCAGCGGCAGCUCGUCGCGGCUGGCGUGGCCGUAACCGGCGUGGCUGCAGCGCUGGCCCUCCGCCGGCUCGUGGUUGCGCGCCGCGCCGCCGCGCUGCUCAACAAGCUGCAGCUGAAGACUCCGGUGCCGCCAGACGUGGAGAUCUCGCAGGCCGUCAAGCUCACGCCAAUCAAGGAGCUGUUCGACCGCAAGUUUGGCCUGCGCGAGGGCGAGCUCUUUGCGCACGGGACGUACAAGGGCAAGCUCUCGCUCUCUGUCUAUGAGCGGCUCAAGCACCAGCCGGACGGCAACUACGUCGUCGUCUGCGGCAUCAACCCGACGCCGCUGGGAGAGGGCAAGUCCACCACCACCAUCGGGCUUUCGCAGGCGCUCGGCGCGCACCUCGGUCAGCAGGUGAUGACUUGCAUUCGGCAGCCGAGCAUGGGGCCCACCUUCGGCAUCAAGGGCGGCGCGGCCGGCGGCGGGUAUGCGCAGUGCGCGCCGAUGGAGGAAUUCAACCUGCACAUGACCGGCGACAUCCACGCGAUCACCGCCGCCAACAACCUCUUCGCCGCCGCGAUCGACACGCGCUACUUGCACGAGCAGACGGCCUCCACCAACUUCCUCUGGCUCGACAUCGACCCGGACUCGAUCACGUGGAAGCGCGAGCGGCUCGGGCUAGUCGCCAAGGGCGCCGCCAACAUGCUCGCGCACAUUCAGAACGUGCGCAAGCACGGCGUGCAGGUUGUCGUCGCCAUCAACCGCUUCCACACCGACACCGACGCUGAGGUGGAGACGGGCGGUGCGUUCGACGCCGUCGCCGCCGACCAUUUUGCGAAGGGUGGCGCCGGCGCCGUCGAGCUUGGCCGCGCCGUGAUGGCCGCGUGCGCCGCCACGUCGCCUCGAGAGUUCCGGCACAUCUACGACGCAAAGGCGCAGGGCGUUAAGGACAAGAUCGAGACGAUCGUGCGCGAGGUCUACGGCGGCGCGGGCGCAAAGUACAGCCCGGCGGCGGAGGCGCGCAUCGCGAGGUAUGAGGCGGACCCGGCGUUGCGCUCGCUGCCGAUAUGCAUGUCCAAGACGCAGUACUCGCUCUCCGACGACCCCAAGGCGCUCGGCGCGCCCAGCGGCUUCACGGUCACUGUGAAGGAUGCCUACGUCUCGGCCGGGGCCGGCUUCAUCGUCGUCUCGCUCGGCACAAUCUCCUUCAUCCCCGGCCUUCCCGUCAAGCCCGCCUACUACAAGAUCGAUGUCGACCUCUCGUCGGGCAGCCCUCGGGUGGUCGGCCUCUCUUAGCCGGUUAGCCGGCCGGCCUCGCUUUGACGCGGCGCGCUGAGCUCACCGUGCGCGCUCCUGCUGGCGGCGAAGGCAUGGGUGGGCUUCCAUGCGGAAUCACACGCGCGCGGCGGCAAGUAGCGCUCCACCUGUGUGCAGCGGAGACCCGCGGCGCCGGCGGAUCCCCGUGUCUUCCCCUUCCGCACCAGGCGCGCGCGGAGCGGUGGGGGAGGACGCCCUGGCGGAAAUUUUUGUUUUCACGUUUCGUUUCACGUUCAUGUGGCCU